CCUUCCUCUCCCUCCUUCUAUCUACUCUCUGUCCCUUCGGUUCCAGAAGGACAGAUUUCUACUCUCGGUGUUAUUCCACGAUGUCGAAUACGAACAAAUCUACUAGUCGCACCCGACGUUCUCAUCUAGCCAAGCGAAAGAUACCUCUCUAUCCUUCCAUUUCUAUAUUACAGUCAUUUACGAUAUUGCCUAACUCACCGCCGUUGCUCGAAGAUCGCUCUUUUCUAAGUCUCAACACCUUCAAGCAAAUACAAGGCAAGCUGGAACGCGAGGCUAGCCUUCUCGGAGAUAAAAUACCCUGCACUCCGGCGACUCCUUUCUUCGUUGAAAGACGCGUUCUGUUCUAUCUCAACACGACCAAGGAAUGCGUGCCUCUCUGGGAUCGCAAGUUUCACACAGAGGUCUUCCGUGAUUUCGACUUGGAGUCCGCCUCGCCUAAUAAUAUUGACCAUGAUAUGGCGAUUCGCAUCAUUCCUAGCCACCGCAAAUCCACGAAGGAGCUACCAAUUAUGGUUCUGCGUUACCAGGAGAAGCUUGUCGCUUCAUGGAGUCAACUUUACGCUAUCUUCAUGUGUCACCACGUCAAGAAUGACCAUUGCGGUGCAGAGCAAACAUUUACAUUCAUCAACGCCAUUUACGCCUUUGUGUCGCGUAGAGUUGUUCAUGACAUCGUAGGAGCUUGUCGUACAUGCCGCGGUCGAUCCACCACAACAUCCUCGUCCACAGCCACAGCUUCUACCUCUACACGUCAGACUAGCCUUGGUAUUACGAACAGAGCCAUACAAGACAGUCGAUUACACGCGUUUCCGAAUGAAGGGAAGCGAAGGAAUAGUGUCGAUGAUGCGAUGGACAACUCCCUAAUCCCUGCCAGCAGCUCUUUGUUUGGGUCUCCUGCGAGCGCUUUCCCCCCCAACUGCCAGGAAACGCGCAAGGAAAAUGCUGAUCCUUGAUUCUCUGGCUAAGAGGAGAAGAGACGGCUUUUUGGCUUGAAAGAGGAGUAUUCGUGCCGCUUCAUGACAUUUUUAGAAAUUAAACGAUCAGUACAUAUUUUAAAUAUACAAGACUCAGCUCGACAUCAAUAUAUGCAUUGAACAGGUUCUAUCUC